AUGUCACUUAAUUCCAACUUGCCCAUUGAACCAGAACCUGAGUCAUCUCUCACAAACUCCCCAACUGCUCCAAGCUUCCCACCUGACCAUACAUCCUCACCUCCAACCGAUCCGUCACCUUGUCGUAAGUCUGAACGCCACCGGGUACCACUUGGGCAUCUCAAGGAUUACGUGUGUUCUCAGGUCACGCUACCGCCCGCAUCCCAAUCGGCGUUCUCGUCUCCAAGUCACACUUCAGGUACUCGUUAUCCUUUGUGCAAUUUUCUUUCUUAUCAUCGAUACUCACCUGCCCACCUUGCCUUUAUUACUCAAAUAAGUCGCCACGUGGAGCCUCCUACUUAUGCAGAAGCUGCCACUGACCCUAAUUGGCAACAGGCCAUGGAUUCUGAACUCCAAGCCUUGGCGCCCAACCAGACUUGGACUCUCACCUCUCUUCCACCAGGGAAAACGCCUAUUAGUUGCAAGUGGGUUUACAAGAUCAAGCAUCGUUCUGACGGGUCCAUUGAGUGGUAUAAGGCCCGCUUAGUUGCCAAGGGCUACACUCAGACUGAAGGCUUGGAUUAUCAUGACACCUUUUCUCCCACGGCCAAGAUGAUUACAGUUCGUUGUCUCCUUGCGGUUGCUGCCGCUCACUCCUGGUCUAUCCACCAGCUUGAUGUUCACAACGCCUUCCUUCAUGGUGAUCUCUAUGAAGAAAUUUAUAUGACUCUAUGA